AUGAAGGUUCCCUCGGCUCUGAUUGGCUUGCAAAGCCUCUCGCUAGGCGUUUUCCUCGGACGGGUGGCUGCCACGCCGCUACCUCCGAAACCUUCAAGAGCAACCGUCGCGGAUGGAACGGCGGCUCUCGAUCAGGGAACUGUGAAGGGUUUCACUGAUGACUAUGGAAACUCUGUUUUCCUCGGCAUUCCAUUUGCGCAGACAACGGGGGGACAAAACCGAUGGAAGGCUCCUAAGGACGUCAAGAAGCUGAAGAAGGGCGAGGUGCUCGAUGCCACAAAGUACGGUGCAACAUGUCCACAGGCCAUUACCGGUACAACAUACUCCCAGCAAGAUGAAGAUUGCUUGAACCUCAACAUCUGGGCGCCAUCUUCGAACAGUAAGCUGCCACGGGCGCCGCCGAUGCCUCAUAAACCGAAUGGACCUCACCAUUCACCAGGCCCUCCAUCAGGCCCACCAGGUCCACCGGGUUCCCCACCAGGCUUGGAUGCGCCCGGCGGUCUUCCAGUAUUCGUCUACAUGUACGGAGGUGCGAUGGUUACGGGCUCAAGCAGCAAUCCAGCCUACGUCGGAGAGAAUUUCGCUCGCAAGGGAGUUGUCUUCGUCAGCUUCAACACUCGUGAGAGUCUUUGGGCAUACCCCAACUCUGCCGAGCUUGUCGAUGGAGAGGAGUCGCAGAACUUUGGCAUCCUCGAUGUCGACAAGGCUUUGCAAUGGGUCUUCGACAACAUUGCCCAGUUUGGCGGUGAUCCCAACCGUGUCGUGUUCGGAGGUCAUUCAUCUGGCUCUGUUCAGGUUGACCACUACCUCUGGAACCACCCCAACACACCACUCGUCGGGGCCGUUCAGAUGGCUGCCAACGCAAAGUCUGGUCCUGCCGUCGGCCCUACCAACCAAGCGCUCGACCUCGUUGCCGAAGAGGUUGGCUGCGCAACUGGUGCAGGACAGCUCGAGUGCCUGCGCAAGGUAGACAUGUACGCCUUCCAAACCGAGGCCUUCAAUGCCACCUUGAACACGUACUUCACGCCUGUCGUAGACGAGAAGACACGCUACCAAGACUAUGCUGCGCGGUUCGCUGCUGGCAACUACGCUUCCCAUGUACCCCUCCUGACGGGUAACUCCGACAAAGAGGGUGCCCUCUUCGGUCUGGUGUAUGGUAGCGAGAACACAGACUUUUCGGCGUGGCUCAAGACCUUCGAUGCUGACGUCGCCGAGAUUCCAAACAACAUCAUCGAGGCCGCGUACGACAUCGCCGACUAUUCCAGUGUCUCGGAAAUGAGCGGCGCUCAGUACGGUGAUGCGCGUUUCUUCUGCCCUGUUGAUCACUUCAUCGACUUGCGCAGCGAGACCCAAGAUACUUGGUCAUACCGCUUCCUCGGCAACUACUCCAACCUUUUGCCUCUGCCCGUCGACUACCCAACGCACGGCGCAGAGAUUCCCUUCUUCUUCGGAGGCAACGGUGCCUUUGCUGGUGUUGAGGGAGUGACUGCCGAAGAGCAGGCGCUUGCCGACUUCCAGAACGACUGGUUCGUCGAGUUCAUCAAGAACCCCGCCGCUGGUCCUGGAUGGGAAAAGGCCACUCCUCGCAGCGGCCCGAUUGCGAAGCUUGGUGUGCCUGGAAACGAGCUUACCGUUGAAAUUGGCAACACUGCCGAUUACAAUGGCAGAUGUCAAAAGGUAUACAACCCAUAUCUGCCAAAGUAUCCUGUCAUUCAGAGCGUACUCUCUGGUGUCAUGGACAUGGUAGAGGGCAUUAUCGGGAACUAG